UGCCAGCCUCCAGCUAUGUUGUCCGAAAUCUUCCUCUCCCUUCUGGCUCUUCGGCUAACUUUAGCAGAACCUACGGCCGGUGGGAUCGACAGAACCCUGAGCGAAGGCGUGACGAGUAUGGGCUUCAAAGUGAUGUACGGUGAUGAAGACUUCACGGUACUAAAUUCGGUUGUGGACGAGGUUGAGAAGAAGGUGACGAAAGCUAAGAUUAGACUUAAUGAGCUGAUUCAGCCGCUGCCCGCGAGAGACGUGAAAUGCUUGAUGUCGGCCGACCAUUAUUGCUCUAAGGAUAUGAAGGAGACGAAAAGUAUCAUAAUUCAAGCUAUCAAAGACGACUGUAAGUCUUGUUCGACGGCGGAAAAGGAGAACGCCGGGCGCGUGAUAGCGGCCAUGAUGGCGCACGACCCCUCCUCCUGGAAGCUAUUCCUCACCAGGGUUGCCCUUUUGGUAAAGGAGAGAUAUAUAAACAAACGGACAACCUCUGCACCAGACACGGACCGGUACAGGACCGUGGGCGAACCUGAAGAAGUUAUAAGUGUGCGAGCCAACCGAUUUAUUCUACCCGGUGCCAAGGUGCGAGUGAAGAGGUACCUAAUGGAAAAGGUUAUUGAAUAGCGUUUUAGUUUCUAGGAUUAUUAUUGUGCCAUUUUAAAGUAAUAUUUAUUACUAAUGUUUGAAAGCAGAGGGGCAGAAGCGCCGCAUUAGAAGUUUAAGGGUCCCAUGAAAAAAUAAUAGGUAUCAAAAUUGACGAAAUUGUGGGUCUGAAUGCCAUCAAACUCUACUGACACUCAUAUAAAAAUGUAUCCAUGUAAUAAUGGAUGACCCCUUAAUAGAAUGAAUUGUAUAAUAAUUAGUUUGAGGGCCUGUCUGACUUGUUAGAAUGAAAAAUUAUUACUUGGUAACUUUAGACGCCAUUUAAUAGAAGAGUGACUUAAAGUGACAUUCCAUUUCCAACUGCAGCUGCA